AGAAGGUAGAUUUGCUACUUUGUAUGAAAAAGCUUGGUUAUGAAACAUAUAUUUUGUGGUUUGAUAGUGUGUUGCAGUACACUAUCUAUAUAUCUGGCGUAUAUUGCAAAAUUGACUGAAAUAGAUCUGUACACUGGGUUAGACAAUGAUACAAAUCUUGCAAUACAAAAUGAAUCUAUUCAGCAAAGCUCUGAUAAUGAAACACACUCUUUGUUUAAAUAUGUGGAUUUACAAUCAAUGAAUGGAGGUCCUAAGGUUAUUCUCUUAUGGAAUUUCAAUGAAAUUCCCAUGAAGAAGGUAAUAAAUUGUGGAGAUUGCACAUGUUUAAUAACCAGUGAUACCACAGCAUACAACAUAAGCUCGGCUGUUGUUGCUUAUUCAAAUCAAAUCAUCCAAGAAUUACGUCGUAUGAAAAAGAGGAAGGAUGAACAUUUACUACCUACUUAUCAUCCAAAUAACCAAGUAUGGAUAUUUCGUAAUUUGGAAUCACCAAUAUCUCUAAUGCAUUCUUUACAGCCAUUGUCAAAGUUGAGCAACCUUUUAAACUAUUUAGAUUUCAGAUUCAACUGGACAUGGGGAUAUCAAAGAAAUUGUGAUAUUUGGGAGCCAUAUGGAUAUUUCAAUGGAACACAUGCAAAAUAUAGAAAUAUAACCAUAGAUAUAUCUGACAAUAGGAAAACAAUUGAAAAUAUAAACUUUGCAGCCAAUAAAAGCAAGUUGGUGUUUUGGGCUGUCAGUAAUUGUGCCCCAUGGAGUAGAAGAGAUGUAUAUGUAGAAAAAUUGAUCGAAUAUAUUCCUGUUGACAUAUUUGGAGAAUGUGGAGAAUUUAG